GAAAAUAAAUGAAGUAACACAAUGGUUGCGUCGUUGCAAUAAAGAAACGAAGAAAGUGACUCAAUGUAAAGAAUGGCUUGAGUGGCCGCCUCACAAGAAAAGAAUGUAUUACAGAAUGGAUCAAGAAAUUUAGACGAAUAAAUCGUAAAAAUAUUUGUAUUGUUAAAUUUAGCUUACAAGAUUUAUGGAAACUUGUAGACACGACUCUUGUUGUGUGCAGGGAAGCAAAUUUUUAUCUUUUUGAUCAGUAGAAGAUAUUAGUAAACCUCUAUAGAUCAUAGUUGAUGAAGAAGCAAAGGAUCUACAAAGAUGAAUAUUGUAUUGGUAGCGUUUAUACAAGUGCUUUUAAUCAGUAAAGUCUUUGCUUUGUUGGAUCCUACAUCGUUUGUUAUAGAGUUUGGGGAUGCUAAUAUAGAAACUACGUUAGAACAAUCUCGCUAUUCAUUCAUUUAUUUCUUUUCUGACUCAUGUGGAUUCUGUGACAAGUUCAAUCCUGACUUUGAAAACUUAAGUUUACUUUAUAAUAAUAGAUCUGAUCAUUCUCUGCUUCAAAUUAUAAAGACAAAUGCUAGGGCUAAUAAAAGGUUAAGUGGAUUAUUUAGCAUAAAUCGUUAUCCUAGCUUACGUUUACUUGAUUUUGAGACUAAAGAAAUUAUAGAGUAUGAUCAAGACAAAAGAGAUUUAGCUUCUUUAAUAAAUUUUGUACAAGCACGAGUUCCUGGUGUUUCACCCAAUUAUGAUGGAUUUAAACCAAGUAUACAUUAUUUUGAAGAUGUUAAUUUUGAUAAGCAUCAACCAAAUAGUUUAAUUGUAUUCACAUUACCAUUUUUAAUGGAAUGGAAAGAUUAUGUGUAUCCUACUCAUGGAUACCAGAAAUUAGCUCUUGAUUUUCCUCAUAUACAAUUUGGACUUGUUGAUGUUGAUAAAGUAUCUGCACAAGACACCCUUGCUAAGUAUCAUAUAACUAACUUCCCUGCUGUGAUAUACUUUCAUAACGAUGGAACUUUUAAAGUAUUUAAUACUAAUUCGCAAAAUCAUGUAAUCAAAAACAACUUGGGAGUAAAUGAUAUUGAGAUAUUCCUCAAUAAUUUACAUACAAAUGAAUCGGGAAAGUGGUAUAAAUCACUUAAGGAAAUGCAAAAGGAUCUUGAAACUAUCAUAAAAUCAGAUACACCAAUUUCAUAUGGGAAAAAGGGAUUUAAUGUAAAUCAUAAUCCUAACCCUCAUCCAUAUCAGCAAGAUACUGAUAUCGUAGAAGAGUAUGAUUCACUUAUGAAUCACAUUGAAUUAUAAAUAUAAUAUAUAGUCUAUAUAAUAAUAAUUGGAAAUUUCCUGUAUAUAGCCCCGCGCAUAUCUUUGACGUGUUGUAAAUGAAAAAGUAACCAUGAAACAAAUCUCUACUAGUUUGCUAAAAGUAAGUCACAGCUAAGUACUAUCAUGAAUAUCUUUAGUUUCUUUGGAGAUCUUUCGCAUUUGGCGAGU